AUGACUUACAACCGCAUCUCUUUUGAAGAAUUAAAACAAUCUGCUUUGGGCGAUUGCAUUGAUCUCGCUUCUUCUGCUCUUGGUUCAACCAUUGUUGAAGUAACCGAUGAAUUCUUUGCUCCUGCUACAAACAUGAUCAACCCUGCUCCUCCUGUCCACGCUCCAGGAAAAUUUGUUGAAACCGGUGCCUGGAUGGACGGAUGGGAAACAAAGAGACAUAACCCCAACUACGACUGGGCCAUUAUCAAACUUGGAUAUGCUGGAUCAUUCAAGGGAUUUGAUAUCGACACACAUUAUUUCACAGGCAACCAAGCUCCCUUUGCAUCUGUCGACGCGGCCUUUGUGCCUACAGGUGGUAACAUCGACUCAGCCGAGUGGGUAGAGAUUCUUCCCAAGGUAUCACUCCCACCUAACCAACAUAACGUGUUUGUCCUCGAGAAGGAAACGGAUGUUUAUACACAUCUUCGACUCAACAAUAUUCCUGACGGCGGUAUUGCUAGGUUCCGAGCAUACGGUCAUGUAUCCCCUAUCUGGCCGGAAGAUAAGAACCAAAUUGUCGAUUUAGCCUUUUGCGGAAACGGAGGCCGUGCCGUAGAUGUAUCCAAUCAGCAUUAUACACCAGGCAGCAACAUUCUCUUACCUGGUCGUGGCCAAAACAUGGGCGACGGAUGGGAGACCAAGCGAUCACGUACUCCGGGACACACAGAUCACGUCACCGUCAAGUUGGGAUCCAAGGGACAUUUACUGAAGGCUGUCAUUGAUACAUCCCACUACAGAGGUAAUUAUCCCAACAAGGUUAUCUUGAAGGCCAUUCAUUCCGAUGAGUUCGUGCCUUCUCAGCCUGACUCCGAAUGGGUCACAUUGAUCGAGCCAACCUCUGUCGGACCUCACGGUUUAUUCUACUUUGACCUUCCUCAGACAGAUAAAGUUUUUACACAUGCCAAGAUCAUCAUUGUACCUGAUGGAGGUAUUAAGCGUCUUCGUCUGUAUGGUGUACGUGAAGGAGGUAAGGUCCCUCCAACACCUAUUGAUAUUGGAGACGCCGCUACUCUUUAA